UGGUGGGCCACUAGACUUGGUGGAUUUAUGGGUAGGGGUUAGAUAACUUCUCCAUGGAUGAUACCUAGGCCCAUUCGUGCCAUUAAUGCUAGAAGUGGCAAUGGGCCAAGCAGCCCGGCCCUCCCACCGCUUUAGGCCAGGGCUUGGACCCUAAACAUGGCGAAAGGGCAGGGCCUGGGCUUGAAAUAUAGGCGUGGUAUUCAAGCUGAUCGUGGGCCAAUGAGGAAUGGCCGGCCUGUUCACCCAUUCUAAUCAUCAAGUGGGCCACCAUUGUAAAAAAAAGAAUUUACUUGUGAGCAGUUUCAAUUUGUGAUGCCUUUUAACCCUCACAGACUCCGGCAUUACCCAUGACACAAAUGAAAAGGUAAUAUUAGUUUUUUGUCUACAGUAGUGUCCAUGUUGCCUACACUAGCACGUAAUUCUUUAGCAAAGUACACUGUCCUUGUUAGAAGGUUUCAUAUAAUGCUUAGACAGGUAGUUUCUAUGAUGUGUUGGGGUUUUCAGUUUGUAAAAGUUGGGUCCAUGGUUCAAUGAUCGAAACUGUAGAUAUGAAUGGUGGCCACGAAGGAGUUCGUAUCUUUUUUAGAGCAGAUUCUUGAGGCCUUGAACAAAGGAGAGAUUCCAUCGACGGGUUCUCUAGUUGAGGUUUUCAAUAAGGCGAUUCUUGAGCACUGCUUGGAGUUAUACAAUCAAAGGAUGGAGAGGCUGGGGCUGCCAGUCUCAGUGCCCAUGCUGCGGCAAGCACAUGAUGAAUCAAGAGAAGAAGCAAUGAAAGUCUUCGACGAGCAGCAUUUUGGUCGACAUCAUGCUAAAUGGUUUGUAGAUAAGUUGGAUGAAGAAAUACAGAAGAUAUACAAGAAUUUCAUUCUGGCAAAUGAAUAUCACCAAAGUUAUGUGAGAAACUGUACACGAGGUGUGAGGAUAAAAUGGACCAACUCCAAGUCCUGAGACUUACUUCCAUGGCAAAAUUUAAUGAUGGUUUUUUUCAUUGCAAUCAAAGUUUUGACAAAGAGUGUGUUGGGCCUUCAAAAGCAAGCUAUGAACAACGGAUGACAAAGGUUGGUGUAGGUGACACUUCAGGGGGAGUUAACCAGAUAAGUUUUUCUUUUUCUUUUUGGUAGCAUUUGAGUGUCUGAUUGCCUGCUUGCCUUCUUUCUUUCUUUUUCUUUCUUUCUUUAAUUGUAAUUCUCUGACUGUUUUAGAUCAACAAGGGACGUCCUCGUAUUCAAGCAAGGCUACAUUCCCGCAAAUCCUGAUGUAAGAGAACUAUUUUGGGCAGUCUCAUUAGCCGAGGCAAGUGAGGUUAAGAAAUAGACCAGAAGCUCUUCUUCUAAUUUUAUUUUUAACCUUAAACAGUGGAAUCGUAGUGGUGACUUUUUAUGCUUCAACUAAAAUUUAUAACUGAACCAAAUAGUGUGUAGGGAAUGAAGCAGCCUUAUAAUAGUGGCUGCACCUUGUCUUAUUGUAAAUGCUCUACAGGUUUGGGAAUUUGAUGGGGUUCAUCAACGAUGGCUACCAGUUGCUGAAUUAGCUUUACCAGGAGACGGGGGUGAUAGGGUAUAUGCUGUAGCCCGGGCUCCCAAUAUUGGCAGGUAGUCAUCUUUUUUAAGCAACUAUAGAUAUGAGUGGUUGGUAGUGGGUCCACUUGAAAAUCUUUUCAUACGGGCCCGUAAAAGUAUUGAGAGAGAAUAACCGGGGGGUGGAAUAGCUGGCAGAUGAUACCCAGAUAUUUCAAAAUAGGAAAAGCAUCCAUAUUGGUAUUAUGUCUAAUACCUUUCGAUAUUGCAUCUUAUCUCUUCAAUUUUCUGUAAAGUUUGCACAUAUAGGCAUGUCAAAUUUCUGAACUUGUGGUGUAAGGAGGUUCUUUUUCGAUUAUUGCUUGGGCCUCGAGGAAAGUUUUGGGUU